AUGGCUGAGCUGGAGAAGACCAUGCCGCACCCCGAGGCUGUCGGCGUCCCUAUACGGGACUCGAUAGACACCCCGGAGAAGGCUGAUAUCUUGCCGCACGAGGAUAUAGUAGUCGACCUCUUUUCACCCCUGCCGCCACUUGAGGGCGUCCCAGAGGAGCCAAUGCCUUUGACCGUGCGGGCCCUCGUCGUUGGCAUCAUCCUUGGUUCGCUGGUCAACGCCUCCAACGUGUACUUGGGCCUCAAGACGGGUUUUACCUUUGGCGCAUCGAUGAUGGGCGCCGUAUUCGGGUUUGGUGCCAUCAAGAUCCUGCAGAAGAUCGCCCCCGGCGUCCCCUUCCUCGGCCUCGAGCAGUUCGGACCGCAAGAGAACAGUAUCAUACAAGCUGCUGCUACCGGCGCCGGCGGCAUGACGGGGUUGUUCGUCGCCGCACUCCCGGCCAUGUACCGUCUGGGCCUCCUGUCCGAGGACCCAAAGGAUGACUUCCGCCGGAUCUUGACCCUGACGCUCGUCUGCUCGACGUUCGGCCUUUUCUUUGCUGUGCCGCUUCGAAAGUUCUUUAUUAUAAAUGUCUCCCGCGAACUGCGCUUGAUAUUCCCGUCACCUACCGCCACUGCCGUCGCCAUCCGCUCUAUGCACGCUGUCGGCACUGGGGCCACCGAGGCCAUGAAGAAGAUCAAGGCCCUCGGCUUCGCGUUCGGUGCUGCCUUGAUUCAGCGCGUGGCGUCAUACUAUGCCAUCGGUAUCCUGUAUGACUGGCAUGUCUUCACGUGGUUCUACAUCUGGGGCAACUACAAUAAUUGGGCUAUAAAUAUCGAGAAUUGGGGCUGGAUGAUCGAGUGGACACCCGCAUUCCUGGGGUCCGGUAUGCUCGUUGGUCUCAACACCGCCAUUAGCAUGUUCGGUGGCACAUUCGUCGCCUGGGGAUUCAUAGGCCCGAUCCUUGUCCACUACGGUAUCUGUGUCGGGAAAGCCUACGAUGAAGACGAUCCAAAGUGGAGCGACUACGUCUCCUUCUACUCAAUGUCCGGCAUCAAUAACCCAGGAUACAUUCCAUCCCCGCGGUACUGGUUCCUGUGGCCAGGCGUCAUGGUGCUCGUCUGCUACAGCAUGGCCGAAUUCCUGGUGCACUGGAAGGUUCUCUACUACGGCGCCAAGUACGCCUGGGCGUCGGCAGCAGGCACCGUGAACGAGCUGAUAGCCAGCCGGCGCCAGGGCCGCGGGGUUCCGUUCCUCGAGAGGCAGGGACGCUCCAAGGAUGACGAGCGUGGCCUGGUUGAGGACUUCGCCACACGCGACCAGCAGGUCAGCAACUGGGUGUGGAUGCUCGGCAGCGUCGUGGUGGUCGUCAUGACCUGUAUCAUCGGCGAAUUCCAGUUCGACAUCGAUGCUGGCCUCUGCAUCCUCGCCAGCAUCCUCGCCAUCGUCUUUGCGUUCCUCAGCAUCCACGGCGCUGGUGUCACGGAUAUUGCGCCUCUGACCGCGAGCGCGAAGGCCUCGCAGCUUGUGUUUGGCGGUAUUACCAGCGGGCAAGGCCUCGACAUCGCAACCGCCCAGGCGACCAACUUGGUUGCGGGAGGUAUUGCCUCUGGUGCUGCGGAUAUGUCGCAGUCGCUGGUCAGCGACUUCCGCGUGGGCUUCCUCCUCAAGACACCGCCGAAUUUGCAAUUCUGGGCCCAGGGCCUUGGGACUGUUGUUGCCAUGUUCUUGGCUCCUGCUCCAAGUGUGACCGCCUGGCAAGCUGUUGCCGAAGCUGUCACGAAUCCUCAAGUACCUAUCCCACUCAGCUCGGGAAUCUUCGCCCUGGUGCUGGGUGGUGUAUGUAUAGCCCAGGUUGUCCUCAAGAACUUCUUCCUCAUUGGUAGCCGCGAAAAGUACCGCCAAUGGCUACCCAACUGGAUGGCCAUCGGGGUUGCCUUCGUGAUCCCGCAGACGUAUUACAGCACGGCAACGCUCAUAGGCGCUAUCGUGAGCCAUUUCUGGCAGAAGAAGAAGCCAGCCAACUUUGAGAGGUAUUGCUUUGCUGUCGCGGCGGGCUUGAUUGCUGGUGAGGGGCUGGGUGGUGUCAUUGGUGCUGCUUUGCAGCUGGGCGGGGUCUCUGGGGAUGUUUAUGGAACCAUGGUCGGUUGCCCUAUGGAUUCGUGUUGA